UCUGCAGCGAGAUCAAGUCAUAUGAGAGACGGAAGUUGUAGCAUCUACUCGGAGUGUAUCCUGAGAGUAUCAACAAAGUGAAGAUGCAAGCCAGUAGAACACCCCCAGGCGUUUUGCCUGUUCCGACAGAGCCUACAAAGCGAUAUGGAACACCCCUAGGAAUAGCUUAUGGCAUUGUGGUCUACACAGCGGCGUUUCUGAUUCUUGUAGUCGGAAUUUAUUUUCUCAUCACUGGAAGAGGGUCUCGGGUUGACUUUGGCUGGUUUUUCGAGACCACUUCCCCGUACAUGUGGGCUCUCAUCGGUGUCGGACUGGCCAUUUCUUUGUCCGUUGUGGGUGCUGCUUGGGGGAUCUACACGACUGGCGUGAGUAUUGCUGGUGGCGGUGUGAAGGCACCACGUAUCAAGACCAAGAACUUGAUCAGUAUCAUUUUCUGUGAGGCUGUGGCUAUUUAUGGCAUCAUCAUGGCCAUCGUCAUCAGCACCAAUCUUGCCGAGUUUGAGCUGAGCACAAUGACAGAUGAGGAUAAAAUCUUCAAAAACUACGCAGCAGGCUUCAAGAUGUUUGGGGCCGGUCUGACCGUCGGCCUGUGCAACUUGGCCUGUGGCGUGUGUGUGGGCGUGGUCGGGUCUGGCGCUGCUCUGGCUGAUGCAGCCAACUCCUCCCUCUUUGUCAAGAUUUUGAUCAUCGAGAUCUUCGGCUCUGCCAUCGGAUUGUUUGGCCUCAUCAUUGCAAUCUUACAGGUAACCAGUGCCAGUAUGGAGACCAACUUGUAAAGUUUUUUUCUGAUAUAGACCAUCAUUCAUCCGUGCAGGCAUGGGAAUUUUUCGGCUCCAAUGAAAAUUUUCAAUCAACGCUCAAAGACUCUUCCUCUUCUUGCAUGUUGUUAUAACUUUAUACAUUAGAAUAAUGUUCACCAAGGAUUUGUGAGGGGAGGGGGGGGGGCAGUAUUGCAUGAUUAUUGACUUCCAAAUUGCCUUCUGCACAAAACUACUUCCCACACCUGCAAUGAUGAACAAAUAGCUAUGAUGACCACUCAGCAAACUUCCAAGCGAGAACUUUUCUCAUCGUUUUCACAUUAAAAGACUGUUCUUGUCAUUAGUGAUCCCCUGUACCAUAGUUGGUCUUUGGUUGAUUGGUUUUUUUUUGGGGGGGGGGGUGUUUUUUUUCCUUUCUUUCAAAGUUUUUCUUGUCAUCACAUAACCUGCGGAGCUUUAAUACGGUGGUGUUCCCCUCCCUAGAGUCUCGAAUAUUGUCAACUUUGGUUGCCAUGAAUAUGUACCGUGAUAGUUGAGAUCGUAUUCAGAAACUUUUGAGUUAUGUGUAAAUGUUGUGUGAGUUACAAGUGUGUCUGUCACAUGCCAGUUUUUGUACAUGAGUGUGUACAUGUGUAUGUGUGUGUGUGUUCGUGCUAUGAAGAACGUAAGCCUGGUGUCCAGCAUGUCUGUGCGGCACGGGGUGUGUACAGUUGGGACAAUUAUCAAAUUAUUAAUCAGUGGUCUCUAAACGUGCGUUUGUGUGUGUGUGUGAGAGAGAAUAAGUCACCUAUAAAAUCAUGACAUGAUGUGGUCAACUGUGUGAUUUUGAAUAACAUUCCUGUCUAUGUUCUUGUAAAUUACUGGCCCCCCUUCUCCCUGUGUAUGUUAAGUGUACCUUAGGCAGUUCUGUGAUUCUGUGGGUUGUAAAGUUGAUUCCUCUAGUCAUGUUUCAGUAGAAAAGCGCCAUUUGGAAUGGGUGAUGUCAAAUUUUCCUUAUAUAAGCAUAUUCAGGGUUCCCACUCAAACGAAAAAAGUCAGAAAUUUAUUUUUCAGAUUUCCUGAUCGAGAAAACACCAUGAAAAUGAAGGAAAAUGAAAAUAGAAGCCGGAACAUCAAAGGUUACAUUAAAUUUAUAGAUUAACCCCAUUUCCUUGACUCUAACACCCCAUGAAAAGGGACUGUCCAUUGUCGUGUUAGGAUUUUAUCUUACAUUUCUCUUCAACUUCAUUUGUACUUCUUAGCUCAGUCGUCUUUUAAAAAAAUCACUUUGAAAGUGAUUAUACAAUACUAAAAUAAAGGAGGAAACCGGGAAGUUCUGGGGGGGGGUUUUCUUGAUGAGUGGGGACUCUGAGUAUUUCUAGAUUUAGUUUUCUUCUUCUUUUUGCCUGUUAUUAGUUUCUUCUAUUAAUAAGAUUAAAAGUUGUCUACUGUUAGUGAUUGGAUGUUGACUGUGUGAAAGAAAAAUAAGGCAUGAGUGAAAAAGAUAAUAUAUAUAAUUUAUUUAACCACACGCGCCAGUUGAGAGAGAAAGUCUAAAAACGUCUUUGUUACAUUUUUCUUUCUGCCCCGUUUUUUUUUUUUCGGGAAUGCUGCCAGACAUGCAGAAAGUCCCACCGCUGUUGGCUGGUCCCGGCAAGAUCAUGUCGGCAUAGACUGUACUGUUGUGGGGAUUUAUGGCCUGUAGAUGGGGUGCCUCAUAAGCUUUGGUUCUUGUAGAGAAACUUGCUUUUUUUUUUUUUAAACUUUUUUCUUUCUUCUGGGUCUUUAAUUUCUUGUAAGAUUACACUGACCAUCAUCAAAGAUUUAUUUAUAGAGGCACCAGCCAUCCAUGUCCAGGUGCUGUCUUAGCCUAAGACUACACUGAUUCAUAUCUGUUGUAACCAUAAAAUUCUAAGUGCUAAUUUUUUUGACAUUAGAUAACCUGGUAUGAAAAGCUUGUAGGCAUUUUUGUGUACGUAAUUGUUAUUAGGCUGUCCACCGGGCACCCAGAAGGAGUUUGAUUCACGUGUUGGAAAAAAAUCUUUUUACUUAGGAUAUUCCACCAACCUGCUUCUUGAACGGUCUACCACAGCGUGUCUAUCAGGGCGAAAAGAUGAUGUAAAAGUAAAAUAAAUGUGUACAAACUUGCUGCAAUGUGCGAUUAUCAUUUUCUUUCUUCCUUUUUUUUUUUUUCACUUUUUUUUCUUUAGAACUCGUGGUCUUAAAAAAAUGUUUGGUUUUGUACUAUAUGGCGAUAUGUACAUGUGUAUGAAAAUCCAAUGUGGGAGAGCGGUUUGUGUACAUGGUGGUGAUUUGAUUGUGUGUGGGAGAAAAGAGCGAGCGGACAGAAAGUUAAGGUCAGUGUUCAUCAUUUACUGAGUACUAAGCAGAGCAUUAUGAAUGUAGUGUGUGUUUGUGUCAUUGGUGUCUCCUUUGUUCUUUUUGUCACUUUUGUGUAGAUUAUAGUACAAAUGUAAUACACUGAGUGAAAAAGUA